AUGAACGUGAUAGCGAUGAAUUAUAUGGAUGAGAUCUAUGAGGAUCCUGAGUAUGGUGAGAUGGGAGAACUGGAGGGGUUUUUGACUAAGGUUGAUAAGAGCGAGGACACGGAUGAUACGGGGGCGAGUGUGGAGGCAGCAGAGAAGCAGGAAGAGGAGAUAGUCACCAUGGAGGUAGCAAUGGUGAAUGAUGGAGAUGGAGAUGGUGUCAACACUUUUGUAGCAGCGAUCGUGGUUGAAGAUGAAGCAGUAAAUGCGAAGUGUGUGGGAGUUGAAGCUGUGAAAGGGGACAUCAUGGUGAAGGGAUCAAAGGCAAAUGCAACUGCAAAGGGGCGAGUGCUUACGAAAGAGGAACAGGUUGAGGGGUAUGAGACCCGAGAGGUGUUGGGUGCUAAGAUGCCGAGGAGAAGCGAGAGGCUUAAGAAAAUCUCUCAAGGUUUGGAUGUCAAGGUGCUCAACUUUAAGACACAGGGAGCAGCGCGAGGGGCGUGGGCAGCCGAUGAUGGCCCGCAAGGGGAGGCGCGGUACGGCGGGCGGGGGCGGGGUACGGCGGCGUAG